AAAUAUCUUUCCACUUAAUUAUUAGUGUAAUUUAGACUAUAUAUGAAGAAUAUUCUUGUAAUGUUUUUAUUAAUCACUAAUUUGUGAAUUAUUCUAAUGUUAAUAUUUAAUCAAUUGUCCAGGCUGUGUCCAUCGGUUUAGAAAUAGAUUAAGCUUCCUACCUUCUAAAAUGGAUCAAUUGACUAAUCAGGAUCUUCCAACUGAAGCACACCUUCCAAUUAAUGAACACGAUAAAAAAAUUUUAGAUAUACAAUUUUACACUAACAUUGAUGAGGAAACAGAAAAAUGGCUUAAACAUCUUCAUCUUUUGUGGGCUCAUUGGAAACAAAGUGCAACUGUAACAGAAAAUCUUUAUCAAUAUUUUGAUACUGCACCAAAUCCAUACUUGAGUACUUUAAAAAUUUUAGCUAAUGCAUCAGAUUUUAACAAUGUUAAACCUAAAAGUUCCAUAUCAAUUACAAUUAUAGAAGAAUUUCGAAAGUGGUUACAAAUUCAUAGAAAUGAGAAGAAAAAUUGUCUUGUCGCUGAAAUUAAAAUAGCAGCUUACAAAAUAGUUAAUAAACAACGAAAUAUCCAUCUUGUCAAAUACGUAGCAGAGGCAUACGAGUUUAAAGAAGAUAAAGAAUUAUUUAUACCUUUUAUACAGGCAAUGCUAGUCGAUAAAAAAUUUAAAGAUGCUGCUCAAUACGUAACAACUAUUCAACUUCAAGAAUAUUUUCGAGAUCCAGAAUCUAUCUUAUUACCACUAAUUGUACAAAAUAAGAAUAUUUUAGUAGAUGAAUUUCUAGCUAAUCAUCCACAAAUUCAGAAGGAUUUAGUUGUUUAUCUGGAUGAUUUAAUUGGAAAGAGGCAUACGAUAACAGAUGAAUUAGAAAAUUUUGUUGAUAAAAAUCACAUUCCUGAUGUAAAAUCAAGUGUUCUCCAACUUCGUGCCAUAACAAAAUUAGCCGCUCGAUUAAUCAAAGCAUUCAACCUUCCACCAGAUUUGUGUCCAAAUUUAAAUGAAAGACGUGAGAAAGGAUCAAUACAAUUUUUCAUUCGCAAAAGAUUUGUUGAAGGAACUGUGAGCUCAGAAUGUUGGAGAGAAAUGAUUCAUGAGACAGCUAGUAAUAAUCCGAAUUAUCAAGUUGAAUUAGUGACAACGAUUGCAAAUUAUGAUGCAGAAGAAGCUUUAUAUUGGGCUAGAGUUUUUAAUGUGCCCAAAAAUCAAAGGCCUUGGGUUGUACAAGACUUGGAAGAGUUAUCCAAAUCGCACAAUACAAAUGACAACGUUGACCAAAAUCCUUCUUCACAGGAAGCUGAUUCAAUAUAUCAUACUUUAAAGUUGCCAAGAGAAUCAAUAAUAUUAAUUCAAAAUCCAACAGCAUUAGAAGAAUUUAUUCAUUAUCAAUUGACCCAAAUUACUUUAGUCGGCAUAGAUUCAGAAUGGAAACCAAAUUUUGGAGGAUUUAAAGAAAAUCAAAUCUCAUUAAUUCAGAUUGCCACAAAAAACAAUGUCUAUAUUGUGGAUGUAAUCGAAAUAGGAUCAGAGAAUACAGAACUGUGGAGAAAAUUUGGUGCAGCUCUAUUUGGAAACAAGCAUAUUACAAAAAUAGGUUUUACUCUUAAUCAUGAUUUUUCAAUGUUUCGUGAAUGUUUACCUGCUUUGUUAGAAACCAAAGAAAGCAAUUCUGGUUAUCUUGAUUUACAAAGCCUCUGGCAAAGAUUAAUAAAGGAGUAUAAAUUUGAAUUCCCACACCAGGAAGAUGAUAAUUCUAACGGAGGAAGUCUCAGUAAGAUGGUAGAAAUUUGCUUGGGGAAAAAAUUGAAUAAAUCCGACCAAUUUUCUAAUUGGGGAAGACGACCACUUCGUGAAGAUCAAAUCACUUAUGCUGCUUUAGAUGCUUAUUGUUUGAUAGAUAUUUAUAAUGUUCUUACUGAACUUUGCCACCAAAGGAAUAUACCUCUUUUAGAAAUCUGUAAUGAAAUCCAAUGUCAGAGUCAUUCACCGAAAAAAGUUGUAAAAAAAUCGAAGAAAAAAAAUUCUGAAUCUCCACUUGCUACAAAAAACUAUACCCUUGAAAGUUAUGAACCAGUAGUAAACUUAGCUAAUGAUAAUGUUGAAAAAUUUCCUAUUCAUCAAUGGAAAGUGAUUUGUGACGGUACCUUAAAUAAUUUAAUAAGACCAUUGAGAAUGUGUGGCUGUGAUUGUAUUCUUCUUGAUUUUGACCGUCACGCUUAUAAAUCUGUUCAAUUGGCUAAGCAAGAAAACAGAGUAUUUUUAACAAAAAAUUAUAAUCAUGAACAGUUUGCUAAAUCCCAUUUAGCACCUGAAAAAAUAUAUAGAGUACAAAGAGGAGCAUCAAUGCUGCAAUUACAAGAAAUUCUCAACCAUUUCAAUGUUCAAAUUACAGAGUUCGAUAUUUUUAGUCGUUGUAUAUCAUGCAACAAUGAUGAGUUUACUGAAAUUUCAAAUCAUACGAUGUGGCGUCUAAACGAAAGAUUCUGGUCUCAAACUCAAGAUCGUCCUCCUUUAACAGAAUCUCCAUGUCCUGUAGGAGAAGUUAUCAUCGGUGGACAGGGAAAUAACCGCACAUGGAAAUUAUCUACCGAUACUUUAAACAUUACCAACUGCACUACAAGAUACGGUGCUCGAGUUAAAAUCGAAAAAGUUCCAAUACCUAUUUGCAAAUCGAUGGCAUUCUUUUACAUUUGCGAUAAAUGUGGUAACGUUUACUGGUCCGGUUCACAUUUGGAUCGAACCCUAAAUGGUAUUCUCAAAGAUUUAAUUGUCCGUGCUUAAGCAGACAAAUUUGUGUUCAUUAAUACGUUUAGUGGAGACGAAACCCUUCAAUGAGUCUGGGUUAUACCAGAAAAUCCCAAAUGUUCAAACAAAUUAAACUAAAGUCUAAAGUGCAAUGUCGUAUAAUAAAACUCAGUAUUUAGCUACUAAGCUUCUACAAAAAUAAUAGCAGACCCGUGUAGCAUCUCUCAUUGAUUCAAGAAGUUUCUUCAAUUUACUCUAAUGCUUUAAUUGCAAAUAAAAUAUUUCACCGUAUCGUAUAAAAGAGUGUUUAGAAAAGAACAGGGUUUCGAUGGAUCAAUUGUACCUCGCUCUAGAUGUCGUACGCUUAAGGACUGACUUUUCGGUCAGACCGCCCUUAACUAUAGUACAAGAUAUUGUUAUAUUUCUUUCUUAUUAUAAUAUUAGUAGUUUUUGCCUAAUAAUUAAAUUAGAUAAACCAUUGGUUGUAAUAUUUUUUUAUAUAUAAUACAUAACUAUCUUUAACUAUCACCUUGUGAUUUAUCGAAUAAUUUGUUUCCUAGUAUUGUAACGAUUAAUAACUCCAUUCUUCAUAACUUUGUUGGUGACGAAACAAUGGGAUGUUUAUUUUGAUGAAUAAAACUUUCAUUCUGUUA